AUGCCUUCAACCAAAACGGUUAACGUCUCCGAGAGUACACCUGGGGACUCAAAUGGAACUACGAGCCCCAGCCAGAUCAUACCUUCGACGGACAGAGCAUCUGACCUAUCACGGAUCGAUCCUGCCGUCAGCCUUUCUACGUCCUCCACUGAGGAUACACCGAAGGACCCGGCUGUUGCAACAGACACCAGCCCAGCGAUGCCACCACUGGACGCAGAAAAUGUUGCCCUGCCAGACGACGAGUACGAUGAGGAUAUGCUUGAAGUAACACCUCCUGCCGAUCAUGAGGCAACCACCCCGAAAAGUGACAAUGUCGAGCUUGCAAACCAUGAGCCGACAGACCUGAACACCACCAACGGGGACCAAGAUGACACCCAUCCUGAGAAUAUUAACGCGCUUGCCAUAAGCUUCAUAUCGUCUUCCUCAGCUCCCACCUCACCCAAAACACCCAAAAGACAAACCGAGUCUUUUUCUGAUAACGGAGAUCACCAUGAGUCCACGGCGUCGUCCUUGUCGUCGACUGAGAGCUGUCCAAAGACACCAACUAAGGAAGGCUCAUCGACCUACCCUUUCGUUGUCGAAGACGAGACCAAGAGUCUCUCAUUGGACAACCUUGAUUUGACGUCCCCGAACUGGAUGGAGAACAUUGCCAACUUCCUCGAGAAAAUCGAACAUCUCGAGCCAGACACAGAAGAGAUCUUGGAGCCCAGUACCAUGGGAUUUGUUGAAGGAGAGGAGUAUGAUGGACCGACCAUCGCCCUCCCAGACACCACCGAGUACCAUCCUUACUCGAAUAACUUCCAAAUUCGCCUCUCCAGAUAUGGUGGCUUUGGAACCUUUGCCACUCGUGACUUGAAGAUGGGCGAGGUCAUCCUGAUUGAGAAACCUCUCCUAAGGACGCCUCGCGACGGUUUUUACACCGAGUUCCUCAAGCUAUCCAAAGAAGACCAGGCAAAGUUCAUGCAGUUGUAUACGCCCCCUGGCGAGUACUCGAGUCAAGACGGAAGCGACUGCAACCACAUCAGGGCGAUCCUGAAGGCAAACUCAUUUGCUAUCAACCCCUACAGCAAUGACAUAAUCAGCGUGUACAACGUCACAUCAAGACUCAACCAUGCUUGCCGGUCGGUGGCCAACGUUCUCUUUGAUUUUGAUUUUCAGGAUCCGGAAUCCAUCACGUUGACCAUCAGCAAGCCUGUGAAAGCCGGCUCGGAGCUGUUCAUCAGCUACGGUGGAAGCCCAAUGUCGCUCUAUGAGCGAUACGGGUUCCGAUGCUGUUGCGGAGGGUGCGAGGGCGUGACGGAUCAAGACAUGGCCAUAAUGAAGAAGGCCAAAGAUAUCGAGGAAUACCUCUGGAAUGGUGGUCUUGGAGGUUCAAUACCCUAA